UUCCAUCACCAUUUCGUAUUCGCAUACGAUCGUAGCUGGUAUAUUUAGUUCGACGAAGUUCUGUUUUUAAAUCGUGAUGGAUCUGUGAUAACAACAAUCAAUAACCCUAAUAUAAAUAGUUGGUUGGAACUUGGAGCAGGAAGUUUAAGUGACGAGCGCUUCGUGUUAAAUAUAAUUAAUGUUCAAUCGAUAUCAUAGUGGGUGUUUUUGUGCGGAUAUUAGAAUAUUUUUAUUUACUCUUUGUAUUUUUUUACACUCUAAUUAACAUUGUUGUCUUUAUAAACAUGGUGUUCCAACGUAUAUCUGCAAAAAACGGUUUGUUAAGCUACGAAAAUCCCAAUUACCACCUGGAUCCCUCCCGGCUCGACGAUGCGCUUAAUUCAAACACCGACGAAUUGUACGAGGAGUUGUAUCAGGAACUGGAUGACAUUUGCAAUAUGGGAACUGGGAUGAAAGCGCCCCUAUCGAGUGGUCCCGGACGCAAAGGUUAUGCAUCUCUUGAUAUUGGUUCAAUGGGAGUUGAUAUAACGACCGGACCUGUCACCAAUAUAGAUUCUUCAAAUUAUACGGAUAACCGAAGGCGGGAAUACUUCGCAGCGGCUUUGGACCGUGGACUUCUGCUGGGUGAAAAGCUGCGCCAAUCCCUGUGUUGGAGGCAUCGGUUUGUAAGACGAACGGUCGGUCAAAUUCAGGACAAGCCAGAAUCGGUGAUUUUUAAUUACACGUUACUUUCAGUUGUAGCAAACAAGAAUGAUUAUGGCAACUUGAUGAACAUGUUCGAGCUGAAAUUUACGAAUAGGGAAAUGUUAUCCGAAUUUCACGAAGAUAAUUUAUUAUGGUGUCGGAAUAAUUUACAAAUCUAUCAAUCUAUUUCCUCUGCUGAUAAGGUUUCCAAACGAAGCAUUAACACUGCCAACAUGGAAACGGUUCAUCCAGAUGCUGAAUUGCUGCUAAUGCAGGAAAAAAUUCAGUCCUAUCAAGAUGAAGUGGCAGACUUGGAGAAACAACUUGCCUCAAUUCUUAAUCAAACUGUAAUCGAUGGAAACGUUUACAUUGAUACGCUACGUUUCCAUAACACCCCUACUUACCUCGAAUCGCUCACAACGGAUACCAUCAAUGGUGUAAACAUUUCGGAAUUUUUAUCAAACGUCAUAAAAAUUACUGAAGACCUUGAAGCCGAAAGUUUGAGAUUUGAAGAUCUCACAUUGGUCUCUAUUGAGAACCUCAAAACCAUAAACUCUCAUCCUCUAACUGAUCUAGUAACCGUCGACUCCGAUCCAACUGACCUAAUAGUGGAAGGUGAUAUUGUUUUCCAGAAUGGUCUUCUCUUAGAUGGAAAAUUACACGGAAUCACUUUCACUAAAGAGAACAUCUUAUUAAAAGAAGGCAACCAAUCUCUAAGCGACUUCGGUCUAAGUUUACUUUCGGCAGAGAUGUUGGAUGCAGAUUUUAUUAACGACAUCGAUGUCUCCCAGAUUGAUUCCUUUACUGGUGGAAUUGUUGAAAAUGUUGAUACAAUGAAUGUAAAAAGUGUUAGCAUUAAAGGACUCAUUAACAGUGUCGACAUUGUCAAGCUGAAUGAAUCUGCACUGAAAACAUUUGGCAACCAAACGGUUACCGCUAAGUAUCGGUUUGAUGUGUUACAUGUUGAUAGCUUGGACACAACGCUGUUGUCUGGUAAGGUAAUACCUGACGAGUUAAUCCUGGUCAACGAUGGAGAUUACCAGCUUAACCAAACGGUCAAGUUUACAAGUAGCAUAACUUCUGACUCGGUCUUUGUGCAGCACAAUCUUAACAACAUUGAUGUUGUUAGAGGAAAACUGGAUGUUUUGUUAACGAACAGUGACACAUUACAAGAGAUUACAGGCUUUAAACAAUUUGUAGAUGUAGAACUAUCAAGUUCGAUAACACUCCUUGGGAAGAUUAACAGCUCAAAAAUUGAGGCGAUGAGUCCGGUGAGAACUUUCAAUCAAGAAAUUACUUUGACUGGAGACUACUUCAUAAAUAGCGAGGUCAGUGUUGAAGAAAUGCUGCAGGCGUCUGAUAUACAGAACGGGCCCGGCACGCAUAGUGUAACUAAAGUGUAUAAAGAAGGUGUUUCGGUUGCUGCUGACAAGAUUCCUGUCCAUUUGGAGUUCUCUCAGCAACUGCAUGUCCAACAAGUAUUCUGCGACACAAUAAAUGGGCUGGUAGUAGAUUCAUUUGUAGUCGAAGGUCUCAACGAGCCACAAAUAAUCAGGGGGUGGAAAACAUUUCCCGGUGACGUGUUUAUUACUGGUUCAACUGAGUUAAUCAACGCGAACGGAGUUAAUAUGGCCAGUUUGGAGGCGGGGGUUUUAACCACUAACGGCAAUCAAACCUUAACCGGGAAUAUUCACAUUGAGAAUGUCUACGCUAGCCGGGUAAAUAAUAUCAAAACGGAGCUUGGUAAUCGGCCUUGGCAAGAUGUCAUAAAUAUGCUGGAUGGGCCAGUAAUCGGUGGCACAACUACCUUGAGGGAUGCGCUAGAAAUUGAACGACUUGAAGCCGAUAAUAUCUUCUGCAACUCGCUUAUAAAUGGCUACAAUUUUACGCUCAUGGUUGAAGACUCAAUAUUUCGCACGCAAUCAUUAAAAUUGAAUGGCGUAACGCACUUCUAUACCUUAGUGGUUGAAAAUAUAACCGCUAAAAACAUCGACUUGGACCUUGUUCCCGAUAUUAUUGAGGACUCGAAGGCAAUUUUUGAGUACACCGAAGAUCUCCACCUAAAUUCAGAGUUAAAUGUGGAAUCGAUCACUUUCACCAAUUACUUUAACGGGAUUUCUCGCGAUAAUUUUGGAAGGUGGUUACUCAACUCCGACGAGUUGUACUUCAACAGCGACCAAACGUUCCAAAAAGUUACAAUAUUCGGAAAUCUCUACGUCCUGUCCGGAUUUCUGGAUGACGUGAACAUUACAAUGUUAAGUGAGAAUUCAGUUAAAAUAAACGAGCCCAAUGAAUUUCUAACUAUCACUCUUAAUAAUGGACUCGCGUCAAACAGCCCAAUCGUCUUGAAUGGACAAUUCGAAUCGCUCGAUCUUGGCGAUAUUGUUCUUUCAAAUACGAGGGAGAAUCAGUUAAUUCUAGAUGAAAUUACAUUCCACGAAGAUGUCACUAUUAAUGGAGAACUAGUGUUUAAUGGGUUAAUUUCCGGUUUCAAUUUGGGACAGUUUUGUAGAUCCUUUGAUGAUUUGCGCGGCAAAUCCCACAAACGUCUUAAAGUUAAUGGAAACGUGUACUUUGCCAAAGGACCAAAAAUCAAUUUAAUAAAUGACCACUCCCUGAAGCAGUUGUUGGACUCGGCGUGGCUAAAAAACCAAAACGCUUCCAUUUCAGGUGUAUUGGAGUUCGAUACCAUAAUUUUCGAGGACGACCUUAGCGUUGAUGGUUACGUUGACGAUGUAAAAGUGCAACUUCUUGCCCAAACAUAUUUCAGCAAAAGCAGGGAUCAGAAUAUAACGGCGCGGUACACGUUUGAGGAUAGAGUGUGGCUCGAAGGUGGAAUUUCCGCUCCAAUGGCCAAAGUUAAAGGAAGCGUUGGAGGGAUAAACUUGGCGGAAUUUAUGAAUACGGCAUUGCUGAAUAAUUACGAGCAGGUGUUCGAAAAUAUUCUGUACUUGGAUGACUGUGAAAUCCACGAGCUUCGUGGGGAAUAUUCAGUGAACGGUCUGAACUUGCAGAAUGAUGUAAUGCUUUACAGUCGAAAUAAUAUUGUAACUGGCAAGAAGGUUAUAAGAGACGUCAGAAGCUACGUGGUGAAGACAGACAAUGAGAUUUUCAUACAAGACGUUCAACUGAUCCCAUGGAUUAUGAAUUCCGUUUUAAAAACCGGCACAUUCCAACUGAGUGGAUUGGUCACGUUCUUCAAUCACACGUCUUUUCUUAGGGGGAUAAGCUCCCAAAGAACCGUCAACAAUAUCAACUUUAACACUGAAACUAUCAUGUUGAGAUCAACACCACAGCUAGUAACAGCUCCAAAACACUUUUCAGAUCUGAAAAUCAAAGCGUUGCAAACGACAGGGAUGCUCAACGGUGUUGAUAUGACUGAUCUCAUAAGUAAACAGGCGUAUAAAAAUGGCAACUUGUUAUUCCAAUCUCCAAUAUAUUUUAACGGUAGCAUUACCACUCCAAACGUCCAAGUGGAGAAACUAUACCAAGGAAUAAAUGUCACCGAGUUGCUUCGAAAUAUUACACACUAUGCCUCGGUGAAUAAUUACAGUGAAUAUUUCAAAAAGCUCCUGGACGUUUCUUAUCAAAUUGUCGACUCAUUAGAAGAUCAAGCAUAUUACUUGAACUAUUACAAGGUAAAGCAAGUAUAUCAAUUGACAGAUUUGAUCAUUCCCGUCGUAUUUGAUGGCGAAUAUGUGCAACUUUUAGCUUGCAUUGAGAAAGGGAAUAAUAAAUAUACGACUAGGUUCCAGAUUUGGGAUAGCAACGGUGAAUACUUUCGCCCAGACGAGAGAUAUCCACCAUUUGAUCGGAAUAAAAGUCUUCAAUACAUUGAAGUAAUCCAAUUUAGAGGGAGAGAUCAUUGGUACAUGGAACAUGAAAGAACAGCUCAUACAUCGGGAAACAGAUAUGAAGGAACCCUUUUCAAAGUAACCCCUAGUGGCCUAAAAGAAAUUACAACAACCAUUCUCCACGGCGGAACUCAAUCAGUCACAUCAUUAGACCUUCCGAUGCUGAACAAGUGCAUGUUGCUACUGUUUAUAAACCAUGGUACAAUCUUCUGUGAAGAUAUAGGAUCGCGGAACGGUUUGAACUGGGAAGUUUUCCAAGAGAUGCAGACUUUCAACAGCCUUGGGAGUGCCACAUCAGUUGUGAACAAUGUAACCCACCUUUUCAUAAUAAAUGCCGGUACACUAAAGGAACCGGCAAAUGUGAACGUAUGGAAAUAUGACGAGGUCAUAUCAAACUUUGUUCCGGAACAAACUAUUUAUGUUUCACAACCGACUAGCAUAUCAACAAUUCUGUAUCAAAAUUGCAACUUUGGUGCAAUUGCAUCCGGUUCUGCAACGAACGCCAGAGAUUCCGGAAUGAUCACCAUAAUAAAGUAUGAUGAGGACAAGGGAUACUUUGUUAAAUUUCAAGAUAUCGCCGUGAGCGUACCCAUUCAUGUAAAAUUCGCCGAGCUACCCACAAAGGAAUUAGUUCUGUAUAUCUCAACCCACAAUCCGACACAGCCCCUCAUUGUCUAUCAGUAUCAAGGCAUAUCAAAAUUUGUAAACAAAUUCGUGGCCACUACAAUACACCACAGUUCGGUAAUUAAAAGUUUCAAUGCUCCCGAUAACAGACACUUCGUCCUGUCGACGAGUCGGAGGGAAACCAGCGUUAUUGAAGCUGUAUUUAAAGGGAAAAAGAUGAUGUAAUCGUUAUAUUUAUUGCAACUGUUGUUAAAUUGUUUGUUGUGUAUAGUUUAUUUAGGCGUUGUUAAUUUAUUGUUAGUUUUGAGAAUACAAGGUAUCUACACCAAAAUAAAAAUUGGAGGAAUCUCCAGAAAUUGU